GUACUUGGUAACUUGCACAUCAUCGCGGCAAAUUAUUACAGUUUUAAUCAAUCCAUAAGUUGCACCAUUGUAUAAUCUCCGUUAUAAACGGCUAUUAUGAAAUAUUUGUAAACAGUAAAUUGUGUCUAGUAUAAUAAAUGACAAUGUUUACAAUUUUGAGAUGGCAUCGUGUUUGGAUCAACUUAGUAGUGGUCUGCGCGUGUGUCGCAUAUCGCCCACAACCGUCUCACGUAGUCUUCAUUAUGGUCGAUGAUAUGGGCUGGAACGACGUUUCCUUUCAUGGUUCAGACCAGAUUCAAACGCCCAACAUCGACACACUUGCCUACCAGGGCGUUAUACUUCAACAGUACUACAGCGAAGCGAUAUGUACCCCUGCGCGUUCCGCCCUACUUACAGGAAAAUACCCUAUGAGAAUUGGAAUGCAUGGAAUUCCUCUACUAAAUGCAGAAAGGAGAGGCAUUCCCUUGACUGAGCGUCUUCUACCGGCGUACUUAAAGGAUCUAGGUUACUCAACGCAUUUGGUCGGUAAAUGGCACGUAGGAAUGUCCAUGGAAGACUAUUUACCUACCUUCAGAGGAUACGAUACUCAUUACGGAAUCAGAGGCGGUGCCGUAGACUACUACACUUACAAUAAAAUCGAACAAUUUGGUAAUGGAAGCCUGAUGUUCGGGUUAGAUUUGUUCGAUAACGAGAUUCCACAGGACGAAGAACAACGUUAUAUUGUUGAUGCUUUAACGGAUCGAGCGCUCAAAAUUAUAAACAACCACGAUAUAUCGCGCCCGCUGUUCCUGCAUUUAACUCACAACCGUUGGGAGAUGGGUUACGUUGGAGAGAUUCAGCUGAAUGAUAUAUUGAUUGAGGAGUAG